GCCAGUCUCGAAGGAAAGAACGCGUGCGUGAGACACACAAACAGGAUACGUAUAGAUAGGUUAAGAAGGCCUGUCAUCUGUCUUCUCUUUCAUCACCGAUUCACAUUCAUAAGAAUAAGAUACACAAAAUCCAUACGUAACAUCCAAUCACCAAAGGUUGCUUCUUGCCGUGAAACUUGCCGGAAUCCGAUUCAUUGAAACACACGAAAUACUUGGGACUAGGGUUUUUACAGGGAACGAAAACGAACCCUUUUUUAUUUGUGCUUUUGAAUAAUUAUUAUGGCAAAGAAGAGGAAAUCUUUGGCAACGAGCCUAGAUGAAGUCGAUCGGACGAUGUACUCGACUUUUUGCAGUGCCGCUAACUCUCUUUCUCAGCUUUACUCACAGGCCAUGAGCCAUCAGAAGCUGUCUUUCCUUUCCGGUGAACGCCAUGGAUUGGAAAAGCUCUAUCAAUGGAUUUCCAAGCAACAUGGGGAAGGAUUGAGAGUGACAUCCGAUGACAUACUAGCCUAUAUCCAGGCUGAGCUGGAAUCUUACGUUGAAGAGCCAUCAAUGGUUCCAAGAACUUUACAACAUAAUCAGCAGCAUACGCAAGCCACAAACCCGUUUACAAAUUCUGGGUCGUCUAGUGUUCCAAGUGCUGUACAAGGGUUCCGGUCUGAGCAGAGUGAUCAGCAACCAAAGAACUACAUCUUCUCAAAUGCUUUGUCAAGCCCAGUUCGACGCAGCCUUCAAAACUAUCAUAUAUCUCAGGAAGGAUAUGGAACGAAGAAUAACGAACAUCAGAAUCGAGAUUUCAACGCCUUUGAUUCAUCUUCAAUGGACAUGCACGCAGAUAGCACAGGUCAUGAUUCUACUCAUUGAGAUAUUUGUGGUGAAAAUGUUUGUGAUGUGCUUAUGCUCUGUGGUUGUGACGGUGGUGUUGAUGAAAUGAGCACAAAUUGAAGGGGUUGUUGCAGAACUGAAGUAGUGAUGAAGAUUGGAAUUUAAAGAAGUAGAGGUGGUAGUAUUUAAUUAUAUGGGACAAUGGCAACAACUACAUAUAUUGUUAUUUCUCAUAGAAUCAUGCUAUUUGUGUGGAUCUUUUUAUCUUUAUGUAAAGUGGUUUGUUUUCCUUUGUAUUGAACCAUGAAAUAUUUGAUUUCUGAUUGUUUCAUC